GAAAUAGCAAGCCUUUCCCAGGGAAAUGGGUAUGUUUAGCCUGGUAAAGAGGAGGCUGAGGGGAGAUACAAUAGCCAUCUUCAAGUACAGUGGUACCUCGGGUUACAGACGCUUCAGGUUACAGACUCCGCUAACCCAGAAAUAGUACCUCGGGUUAAGAACUUUGCUUCAGGAUGAGAACAGAAAUCAUGCUCCAGCAGCACAGGGACAGCGGGAGGCCCCAUUAGCUAAAGUGGUGCUUCAGGUUAAGAACAGUUUCAGGUUAAGAACGGACCUCCAGAACGAAUUGAGUUCUUAACCCGAGGUACCACUGUAUCAAAUAUCUGUCACAUGCAGGAUGCAGCAAGCAUGUUUCCUCCCGCUCUGGAGGGUAGGACCCGAACCAAUGGCUUCAAGUUACAUGAAAGGGGAUUCUGACUAGACGUCAGGAAGAACUUUCUGACAGUAAGAGCUGUUGGACAGUGGAACAGACUCCCACGAGAGCUGGUAGACUCUGCUCGCUUGGAGGUUUUCAAGCAGAGGUUGGACGGCCAUCUGACAUGCAUGAUCUAGUUGAGAUUCCUGCAUUGUGGGGGGGGGGUUGGACUAGAUGACCCUCAGCGUCUCUUCCAACUCUACAAUUCUGUGGUUCUAACUGCAUCACGGCCAACACAUCCUGGCCCCAGCUGCAGCCAAAUUCCUUCGAUUUCAGGUGCAACCUUGGAGAUUACGCAGAGCGCACGGCGCCUGCGAACCUCAGCUCCGCCUUCUCCUUUCCUCGCUCUGUUUCCCCCUCUGUCUCUCUACAAGCUCAUAAGGAUCUCUCUCUGCUGAAGAACAACUUUUCCUCUUUCCUCUCCCCUCCGUCCUGGAGCACCAGCGUCUCAACCCAGAUGAGGGUCGAGGACGGAAACUGGGAGGCGGAGGCGCCACGGGGCUCCGUUCCGCAGCAACCAGUCUCCGG